UAUAAGUGUCUGUGGGAACUAGGAACCGAAGGACAAGGAGUCGCCUUUCCGGUUUUCGCCGAACUUUUGGCGGUUCGACGAUUCCCUCUUCAAUGAGAAAUAAUGGAAGAGUUAUUUGAAGCAAGUCGGAUUUACAGAAGAGGUCAGUGUGUCUCCUCUCUCUGCUUCUCUCAUGUCGAAAACCAUUCUCUCUCGUUUCAAACCCCCACAAAAGCCAAAAUCACGACUUCCUGUGGACUUCCCGUCUCAAAGCCAACUCAACAGUCUCGUUAAUGACGUCUCCGAGAUCCUUAGAACCCAUGAGCACUAUGAGGAAAGUCUAGAAACCCGGUUCUCUGAAGAGGAUAUCCUGGUCUCGGAUGCAGCUCCCGUAGUUCUCGAUCGACUUCGAGAUGCUGAAUUGGGUCUGAAGUUCUUCGAUUGGGUUUCUCGGCGACCAUGGUGUUCUCCGGAUCCUCGUGCUUACUCUUCUCUUCUGAAGCUUCUAGCUCAGUCGAAAAUGUUUUCGGAAAUCGAAACCGUGUUGGAAAAUAUGAUGAAUGAAGAAAAAUUGCCUACUCUUGAAGCUCUCAAUAUUCUGAUUAAAGCUUAUUCGGAUUCUGGUUUUGUUGAUAAAGCUGUUGAAUUUUACUCAGUUGUAGUUGAAAAGCAGUGCUCUUUUCCGAGUGUUUAUGCUUGUAAUUCAUUGCUCGAUGCGCUUGUGAAACAUCGUCGAAGUGAUGUUGCUCGUCGGAUAUAUGAUGAAAUGCUUCACAGAGACAAUGGUGAGAUUACUUGUGCAGAUAAUUACAGCACUUGUAUAUUGGUGAAAGAUUUAUGUAAAGAGGGGAAGGUUGAGGAAGGUAGAAAGUUGAUUGAGGACAGGUGGGGAGAGGGUUGCAUUCCUAGCAUUGUCUUCUACAACACACUCAUUGAUGGAUACUGUAAAAGAGGUGAUAUUCAACAGGCUAACAGGAUUUUCCGAGAAUUGAAAAUGAAAGGAUUUUUGCCUACAGUAGUAUCAUACGGAGCUAUAAUUAACGGGUUCUGUAGAAAAGGGAAUUUCAAAGCAAUUGAUCGGCUUAUAUCAGAAAUGAAGACAAGAGGUUUAUGUGUUAACGUGAAAAUCUACAAUAAUAUAAUUGAUGCUCAAUGUAAGCAUGGUUCCAUUUCAAAUGCAUUAGAGACUUUCAGGCAGAUGAUCAGUAGUGGUUGUGAGCCUGAUAUUACAACAUACAAUUCAAUGAUUUCUUCCUUAUGCAAGGAAGGGAGAGUUCAGGAGGCUCAUGAUCUUCUAGCGCAGGCAGUGAAGAGGGGACUGAUGCCAAAUAAGUUCAGCUAUACUCCUCUAGUACAUGGGUAUUGCAAGCAGGGGGAGGUUGUCAGGGCCUCAAAUUUGCUCAUUGAAAUGAUGCAAUGGGGAAAUAAACCAGACUUAGUAACUUAUGGAGCUCUCAUACAUGGGCUUGUGCUUGCUGGUGAAGUUAAUGUUGCAUUAACUAUCCGUGAUAAAAUGAUAGAACAGAAAGUAUAUCCUGAUGCAGGUGUUUACAAUGUUCUGAUGAGUGGGCUUUGCAAGAAAGGGAUGUUAUCUGCUGCAAAGGAGCUGCUUGAAGAGAUGCUUACCCAAAACAUUUUACCUGAUGCAUAUGUCUAUGCUACACUAGUUGAUGGGUUCAUCAGAGAUGGUGAUUUAGAUGAGGCAAAAAAGCUUUUCAAUUUUAUGGUAGAAAGGGGUAUAGAUCCUGGUAUAGUUGGGUAUAAUGCCAUGAUUAAGGGCUACAGUAAAUUUGGAAUGAUGGGAGACGCAAUCUCAUGUGUUAAUAGAAUGGUCAAAAAGUGCAUCCUUCCAGAUGAGUUCACCUUCUCCACAAUUAUAGAUGGGUAUGUAAAGCAGCAUGACAUGGGUAAGGCACUUAAAAUGUUCCACAAUAUGACAAAAGGAAAGUGCAAGCCCAAUGUAGUUACAUAUUCUUCUUUGAUUAAUGGAUUUUUCCUGAAGGGAGAUUCUCACAGAGCUGUAGAGCUAUUUAGAGAAAUGCAGUCUCUUGGUUUGGUCCCUAACGUUGUCACUUACAGUAUUCUUAUUAGGGGCUUCUGCAGGGAAGGUAAAAUUGCAAAGGCUGUGUUGUUUUUUGAAGAAAUGUUGACUAAUAAGUGUAGACCCAAUGAUGUGACAUACCAUUAUUUGAUAAAUGGACUCACAAAUAAUAUUGAUGAUGAUGCUGUUUCCACUACAGGAAAUGGACCUGAAGAGCAUGGAAAGUCUCUGGUCUUGGAUUUGUUCCAAAAGAUGAUAUCAGACAGAUGGAAUAACUAUACUGCAGCUUACAAUGCUAUUCUUAUUUGCCUUUGUCAACAUAGAAUGAUCACAGUUGCCGUGGAAUUGAGAGAUAAAAUGAUGAAAAAAGGAUAUCCUUUGGAUGUUACUUUUGCAGCCCUACUACAUGGUGUUUGUAUUGGGGGAAGAUCACAGGAGUGGAGGAACUUCUUCUCUUGUAAUCUGAGUCAACAGGAGCUUCAGGUUGCUCUCAAGUACUCAUUGAUGUUAGAUCAAUACCUCCCUAGUGGAAUAACUUCUGAGGCUUCUCAAAUUUUAUUUGCCUUGGUUGAGGAGUGGAGUUAUGAUAAGCAGGAAUAUAAUAGGAAAGAAAUGACUCAUGUAGAAAUUUCAGCAAUUUAAGGAGAAUGAGGAUGGUAUCAAAUAUCA